GUUUAAUGAAACGUCAAAAAACGUCUUUGCAUUGUAAACUAAACACUGACUAUAAUUUCUUGUUUUAUGAGAUUUUUUUAAAUUCAUUUCGGAAAAUUCAAGGUAGAAUAAUGUCUAAAUCAGUUCACGUAGUAGACGGCGAGGCUUCAGAAUCGGAUUCCGAAAUAGAAAUUGGUAAAUCACCGUCCUUGGACCUGCAAGCGAUGGAGGCAUUUGUUGUUGCCGGAGAAGCCCCAGAGUCUGAUGAUGAGGGCAGGCUGCCGACGCCCGUAGUGCUGCCAGACCUGGAUGUACCGCUGCACGUGCCGUUCCAGGCCCAAAGCAAACUGCCGGGCUCUCUGCUGCAUCAGAAGUUGUGGGAAUGCAACGUGUCCCUCCGAGCGACGUUAGAGGGUCUGGUGAAGCACACCACCGACAUAGCUGUAGAGAAGCUGACCAGGGCUGACAAGAUGCUGCUCAAUGGACAGGAAAGCAUGCGCGCUACAAACGCAAGCCUGACGCUGGCGCGGGCGCGCCUCAAGCAGAUUCACACGGAGCUGGAGAACGCGCACUGCAGCAGCGCUCUGCCCACCGUUCGGAUAAAAUAAAUCGCAUUUAUCAUAUUCAUAUUACCUACAGAAAGCCGGCCAAGUGCAAGUCGGACUCGCGCACAAAAGGUUCCGUCCGAUUACGCAAAAAAACCGGCACUCCAUCUGGUCGCAUAACAACUUUUGUCAUAUUUUUAAUUGUCAUAACACUAUAUGCAUAAAAUUGUAAGUCAUAAAAAUCUUUAGUCAUAAUUAUUCCUGAGCAUAACUGGGUUUUUAUCGUAAAUGAGUUAUGUCAUAAUUUUUAUAGUCAUUAAUUUAAUUCGCAUAAAAAAUUAGGUUAGGUUCGUUAGGCAUGCACAAAAAAUAUAUGACAACUGCUAUGAAUGAAUGAAAAUCAUUUAUUUCGAGCUAUAAACUCAUAUAGUGUUAGAACCCAGGUCCGAGGUCCCAGGAACGCCUGACCUAACCUUACGAACCUAACCUACCUACCUAUUGAUUUUUGGUGUGAAGUCCGUAAAAAAAUAGAUGGGCUCCGUCUAGUUAAGUUGUGAAGGAUUUUUUUUGCUAUAGAUUUAAAUACGAAUAGGGAAAUGACUUUCGGAAAUGGACAAGUUUGGAUAGAUACAAAUUAGGAAGUGGUCAAAGUCGACCGGAGGGGCUAGAUCAUAGAUGCUGCUUAAAUCAUCUCUAAGAUGUACAAGGCCUGAUGAUGAAUAGGAAUAAAUCGAGUAAGCGAAGUAAGGUCUUAGGAUAUAUAUAGAUAUUACUACUAGGCUCUAGUAACUAUAGCUAUUACCACUUAGGUAAUACUUAGGUACUUAGUUGAGAAGUUCCAUUGAAGCGUCGUAGGCAAAAACUCGAGGGGUUUUUAACUAUAACCUAUGCCUUAUGCCUUGCCGCGCUGACAAUUAUUAGUUAUUUGUGUCCCAAGGGAGCAAAAGUAGGACAUUGCGUGCCGCGUGUAAAAUUGGCAAACACGCGCCAUGGAAUGUCCUACGUUUCCUCCCGUGGUGCGCAUACUAUUUUUCUGCUCGACGGAGGCGAAAAGCGGCAACUUUGUUUAGCGUAGCGGGAGCAAAGUUGACGCUUUCCGGGCGGCAAGGGCAGAGAAGUUAUUUUUUGUUAUUAUGAAUUUUAGUUAAUGUUUAUAACAAUGUGUAGAUAUAUCUACGCAUAAAAAUGUUUCCUUAUAUUGAUUUAGUAAUAAAUGAUGUGGUUAAAAUAUGAAUUAACAAAUUGUAUGUUUUGUUAAAAACAAUAAAUCAUGGUUAUUUCCUUAAAA